GCGGUGUGUUUCAUCGGUGAGCCAACUGAAACGGCGGGAAAGGCCGACCAGUCGGAGCAUGAACAACGCAGGCGACGAGAGCGUCGCCGCCGUGCUCGAGACGCUCCACGCGAUGAAGCCCGAGAAAGCAAAGCUGCAACGCGCCUCGCGCCUGCCUCCGUACCGGGGCACCCCCGUCAGAGCCGCGAGCACGACCAGUUUGGUCCCGCGCCUCCGCAAGCCGGUUGAAAAGCCCGACGCCCUCACGCGUGCGCAGGAGCUGCAGGUGACGGUCGCCGACCUCACGCAGCGCUUGCGUGACAAGAGCGACCAGUGCGACGAGCUCCAUAGCUGCGUGAGCCGACUCAACAAGGAGCUACGCCUCUCGGUGGACCAAGCGUCGCUCCUGCAACACUCCACGGCCGAGAAAGACAAGGAAAUCCAGACGCUGCGGGCGCACGUCGACGACUUGUACCAAGUGCAGCAGCAGCUCCGCUCCGAGAGUCUCCAGUCCAAGGCCGCGCUCACCCGUCGACUGUCGGGCGACAUGGUCCUGCCACUCUCACCCGAGUCCAACGAGAUGCUGGCGCGGCGGCCCUCAGCGGCCCUCGACGAUACGAUGGAGUGUCUGCGCCUCGAGCUCGCACAACUCGAUGCGCAGUGCCAGACGCAAUCCAGUGAGCUGCAGCGCUUGGCGGCCGAGAACACGGCUCUGCUUGCGUCGAUGCGGCAGUGGCAUGCGAUGCUGUCGCUACCGCCCGUUGACGCGGACGAGGGGCUCACGGAGGCGCUGACGCAUGCGCUGUCGCGUGAUUUUCUGGCGCAAGAUCGUCGUCGCGACGAGCUUGUAGCGACCUGCGAUGCACAGCGGAAGGAGCUCCUCGCCUUCCGUCUCGAGAAGGCACUGCAGCGCCGGUGCCGCGCCACCUCCGACUCGAUCUACGACUUGGAAGCGCAAGUGGAGGCUCUGGCAGCAGCGAACGCGCAAUUGCUUGACGCAGCGCAGAACGAAGCGGCGAGAAGUGAGCUUUGGGCGACGCAGUGCAACGUCGUGCAAGAAGCCCUCGAGGCGCUGAGUGACCGGUGGGAAGCAUCUCUCGACGACGAGCGACAGGCGGCAGACGAGAAGCUCGGCGCCGCGCACGAGCACAUUGAAGUGCUCGAGCAGCAGCUGCACGACGAGGCCAGAGACCACGAGGCGGUGGUGGAAGCGUACGCAACGUGCCGAGAGGACCUGCUCCAGGCCCAAGAGGCGCUGAACGCGGCCACAAACCACUGCGAGUUUGUGCAGAGCCAGCUCCAGAAGCUCCAGUGGACGCGCUGCCAGGCGCGCUGCCGAUGCUGUGACGAGAGCACGCAAACGACAACAACGACGACAUCGGCAGCAUCGACGCCUUGUCCGGAGGACGUGCCACGUCACGAGGCGGUGAGCUUUAAAGAAAGUGCCAUCGUGGCGGCCGGCGACUUUGCGUCGGCGGUUGUCGGCGGUGCCAGCCAACGGCAAGGCGAACGGUUCGGCAAAAUGCAGUAA